AUGCUUAGAACAUUAACUCAUUCAAUCAAACAUACUCAAAAAUCCAGACUAUUAUUACGUUCAUUGGCAAGUAGUGCUGCAAGUCCAACAGUUCCAGAGACUCAAAAAGCCAUUAUUUUUUAUGAACCAGGUGGUCAAUUACAUUAUAAAGAUAUUCCAGUUCCAAAACCUGGACCAAAUGAUAUCUUGGUGAACAUUAAAUAUACAGGUGUUUGUAAUUCAGAUUAUCAUGCAUGGAAAGGUGAUUGGGCUUUCAAACCAAUUUUACCACUAGUUUUAGGUCAUGAAGGUGCAGGAGUUGUUGUUGCCAAAGGUGAAAAUGUUACAAAUUUUGAAAUUGGUGAUCAUGCUGGUGUUAAAUGGGUUAAUUCAACUUGUCAAAGUUGUUCAUUCUGUGAAGAAGCUCAUGAAUCAAGUUGUCCAAAUCAAAAAAAUUCAGGUUAUACGGUCCAGGGAACUUAUCAACAAUAUGCAGUUGCAAAUGCUGUUCAAGCUGCUCAUUUACCAAAAGAUGUUGAUUUAGCAAAAGCUGCUCCUUUAUUAUGUGCUGGGUUAACUGUUUAUAAAGCUUUAAAGAAUGCAAAUAUUAGAGCUGGUGAUUGGGUUACCAUCAUUGGUGCAGGUGGUGGUUUAGGUACUUUAGCUGUUCAAUAUGCUAGAGCAAUGGGCUAUAAAAUUUUAGCUAUUGAUGGUACUAAUAAAAAAGAUCAUGUGUUAUCAAAAGGUGCCGAUGAAUUUAUUGAUUUUAAUGCAGUUUCUGAUAUCCCAGAAGAAGUUUUGAAAGUUACUGAAGGUGGUCCCCAUGCUGUUAUCAAUGUUUCAAAUUCUGUUAAAGCUUAUCAUGAUGCAGUUAAAUAUGUUAGACCAACUGGUACUGUUGUCUUGGUUGGUUUACCAAAAGGUGGUGCCACUUUGAGUACUGAUAUUGUUUCUCAUGUGCUAAGAGCCAUUAACGUGAAAGGUUCAGUUGUUGGUAAUAGAGCUGAUACUCGUGAAGCUAUUGAAUUUUUCAGAAGAGGUAAAGUUGAAUCUCAAGUUAAGAUUGUUGGAUUAUCUGAGGCUCCAGAAGUGUUUAAAUUGAUGGAGAAGGGUGAAAUCCUCGGUCGUUAUGUCUUGGAUACCACUAAAUAG